CUACUCUAUGUGUGACCUAGAAAAUGGUUUCUACAGGUUUGCAUUGUUUCCUAGUUAUCCUACAUUAUGCAGUUUAUGCAAGUAAAAGUAAAAAGUCACAAUUACAAUGUCUGCACUGUUUGUUGAUGACAUGCAGAACUGCAGGAGAAGUGUUUUCUGUCAGCUUAGCUCAGGGUGGCCCAGCACCAUGCUUCUUCAGAAAUUGGUGUUACCAGUUUCUUGCAACAGGGGAUUUUGAUGCUCUGCAGCUGACCAAAGAUGAUGUGGAUGAUCUUGAAUAUGCUUUACUCAUCGAAAGGGUGGAGGCAGCAACUGAUCUGACACAGUUGACAGAUGAAAUCGUGAGUUGUGGUUACACUGGUGUGCUAAAGAUGGACCGAAAGGACAGUAUCAUAAGAGCCAUUGUUCUGCAUGCUACAAUGCGUCUAACUCCUAUGCUUCAGCAAAUUAGAAAUGGGAUGAAGAUCUACAACCUUCUGGAUGUGAUUGGGAAGCAUCAAACUCUCUGCUCAAGCCUGUUUGUCCCCAAAGAGGACGAUGACAGACCGGAUGCUGAUUACAUAAUGAGUAUCCUAGUGCCUGAGCUGAGUGAGAAGGGAAGUCCAAGGCAAGCAAGAGAAAAUGCCAUCAUCAACUUCCUCCAGGACUUUCUACAAGACCUAGAAAUCACAGGUCAGAAUGAAGACCAGAAAAUGUGUGAGCCUCUGACCCAAGAGGAGCUGCUAAGUGAAGGGCACUGGAAUCAACAAAAACACGCAAGCCUGUCUGUCCCAACAGUAAUGCAGUGGUUAACUGGACAAAGGCACAAGCCCCUUCUUCCAUCAGAGAGGGCAGAUUUUAAAAUAAAUCUAAGAUUUGAACACCACUGUAAUGAGAAAAUGCCUGGUCACCACAUUUGUUUCCCACUUGUAAGUGCCUGCACAAAUACAAUAACUAUUCCUGUCGAACAUAUGAAAACAUACACAGAGUUCAGAGAUAUAAUGACAGUAGCAAUCAGAAUGGGUAGAGACUUCAGUCGUGUGUAGAGGUCAUGUUUUGUGACCACUGAUGUUUACUUGAAAGUCAGCCAGUAUUGUGAAUUUUUUUGGCAUUUUUGUUAAAUCUGUUCA